UCAGCCAAUGAUAUGCAAAACCCAAUGAGGACGCAGUACCAAGUUCGACUGGUGAAUGGUCGUAACAGGUGUGAGGGCAGAGUGGAGGUGCACUACAACGACUCGUGGGGCACGGUGUGUGACGACGACUGGGACAUGGUGGAUGCCAAUGUGGUGUGUUGGCAGCUGGGAUGCGGAGUGGCUGUGGCUGUAGGCAGCAGCUCUCAGUUCGGACAGGGCACGGGCCUCAUCAUGCUGGAUAAUGUGGACUGCAAGGGAAGUGAAACAGACCUCAGCCAGUGCCGUAGUCUGGGCUGGGGUGUCCACAACUGUUACCACUAUGAGGAUGUGGGUGUUACUUGCAGAGAACCUAAUGUGGUGGGGCUGAGAGGUUUCGAGGAACAAACCACACCAUCACAAGUCCUCUCUGGUACACGAGAUGGAACCAUCCGUUUGGUGAAUGGGAAGAACUCUUGCCAGGGUCGAGUUGAGAUCUAUUACAAGGGAAACUGGGGAACGGUGUGUGAUGAUGACUGGUUCCUCAACAAUGCCAUGGUGGUGUGCCAACAAUUAGGCUGUGGCAGUGCCAUCUCAGCACACACUAACUCCUACUUUGGCUACGGAACUGGCCUGAUUCUGCUGGACAAUGUAAACUGCCAUGGUACUGAGCAGGAGCUGAGUAAAUGUAAAAGCCUGGGCUGGGGCAAACACAACUGUGGCCACCACGAAGAUGCUGGGGUUACCUGCACCGGAUCCCCUACAGUAAAGCCUGUGGUAACAGAAGUCCAGAAAGGUUUCUGGGGAACAAUGGACACCAAAGCAACAGAAAAUAUUCCUGCCACAGAGUCACCCAGUACAACAACUGUUACCACAACUACCCAGACAAAAGGCACGCCAACACUCCGUGUGAUGAACGGUAACAGCAGCUGCCAGGGUCGUGUAGAGGUCCUCUAUAAAACUGUCUGGGGGACUGUGUGUGAUGAUGACUGGGACAUGCCCAAUGCUAAUGUGGUCUGUAGACAACUUGGAUGUGGUCCGGCUAUCGCAGCAAAGACCCAGGCCUACUUUGGUUAUGGUUCAGGCCCCAUCCUGCUGGACAACGUGGAAUGCAGUGGCUAUGAAACGGAGUUGUCCCAGUGCUUUCAUCUGGGCUGGGGUCAGCACAACUGCGGCCAUCAUGAGGAUGCCGGCGUUAUCUGCGCACCUUUUGACCCCCAGCUUUUCUUCUUCCCAAAUGGACGUGACUUCAGAGUAACAGAAAAAACACCCACCACCACCACCACCACCCCUUCUGAAGGAAUGUUGAGACUGAUGGACGGCAAGCACCAGUGUGAGGGUCGAGUGGAGAUGUACUUAAAUUCUGGAUGGGGCACCGUGUGUGAUGAUGCCUGGGACCUCCCUGACGCCCGGGUUGUGUGUCGUUUAGUGGGCUGUGGAGAGGCAACGGCGGCGUGGCCAAAAGCUUUCUUCGGACCUGGCACGGGAACAAUCCUGCUGGACAAUCUGAAAUGUAACGGCGCAGAGGCCUCCCUGCAGGCGUGCUCCCAUAUACCCUGGAAUGUGCACAACUGUGACCACUCUGAAGAUGCUGGUGUUACUUGCUCACUGUCGUGAUCCCAAAAGUACCAUUCAUCCAUUUCCAUCUCAGGUUAGGAAGUGGGUGCACUAAGCUAGGACUUGUAUACAUCAUGUAAAUAACAGUUUUCACAUUGCUGAAGGAAUGCCCCUCCAUCAACAACAAACAAAAUAACUAAUUUGUCAAUAUAUGAUACAUACUAUAACUAUCUAUGCCUAUUAAGCACUUUAUAAA